CCUCCCUCCUUCCAGCUCCCGACUACGACAAGAGCCAAUGGAUCAACGAGAAGGAGAAGCUGGGGCUGGAUUUCCCCAACCUCCCUUACUUCAUUGAUGGCACCACCAAGCUGACGCAGAGCAAUGCCAUCAUGCGCUACAUCGCCCGCAAGCACAAGAUGUGUGGGGAGACAGAGGAGGAGAUCCUCCGCGUGGACAUGCUGGAGAACCAGAUCAUGGAUUUCCGCAUGAGCCUGGUGAUGGUCUGCUACAACCCCGACUUCGAGAAGCUCAAGCCGGGCUACCUGGAGCAGCUCCCGGGGAAGCUGAAGCUCUUCUCCAACUUCUUGGGGGACAGAAAGUGGUUUGCAGGAGAGAAGCUCACCUUCGUGGACUUCCUCAUGUUUGACGUCCUGGAGCAGAACCGCAUCUUCGAACCCAAGUGCUUGGAGCCCUUCAAGAACCUCAAGGACUUCAUGGACCGCUUUGGGGCCCUGGAGAAGGUGGCUGCCUACAUGAAGUCCAGCCGCUUCCUGAAGAUGCCCAUCAACAACAAGAUGGCCAAAUGGGGCAACAAGAAGGAGUAGGGGACCAAUGUGGGGCAAGGGGACCCCCCCCCACCCCCCAAACCUUGGGUCCUGACCUCCCCCCAAACCCCCCAACACCCUCCAUCACGGGGUGGGGUGGGUGGUGCCGGCGUGAAGCCCCCCAACCCAAUAAAGUGCUUUAGAUGUAGCACCUUGA